UUAUAUUCCAGGUGCAGUUCGGUGUAACUUUUGUGCAAAUAAUGGAACGUAGCUGAAAAGUGAAAAUUAUGCAAUUGGCAGUUGUCAAAAAUGUCAAUGCCGGCGUUUGUCUGUUUGUUGUUUGUUUGAUUUUGUAAUAUGAAUUAAAAAUCCGUUUUUUGGCAAAAAUAAAUACUAAUUCUCUCUAAUAUAGUGUUACUUCAAAUGCAUUUUGAUUAAAAUGUCUCUUGCAGGAGCAUCAGCUAGCAGUAGUGAAGAUGGUGCGGCGGCAUCAUCUAAUGCGAUCGUGGGCAUCAUUUACCCUCCACCUGAGGUUAGAAACAUUGUCGACAAGACAGCCAGUUUCGUGGCGAGAAAUGGUCCCGAAUUCGAAGCCAGAAUUCGGCAAAACGAAUUGGGAAAUCCGAAAUUUAACUUUUUGAAUUUGGGAGACCCUUACCAUGCCUAUUAUCAGCAUAAAGUUAAUGAGGUCAGGGAAGGAAAAGCUCAAGAGCCAUCCAUUGCACAAGGAAUAUCUAAGCUAACCGUAUCCCUGACUCAACAACAGAAACAACAUGAAAUUUUUAAGCAAAUUGAGCAACCAUUUGUACCGAAGGAUCCACCAAGUGAUUUUGAGUUUAUUGCUGAUCCACCCUCCAUAUCUGCUUCGGAUUUGGACAUUGUAAAACUAACGGCCCAAUUUGUAGCAAGAAAUGGUAGAUCCUUCUUGACCCAACUCAUGAACAGAGAACAGAGAAACUUUCAAUUUGAUUUCCUACGCCCUCAACAUUCUCUAUUCCAGUAUUUCACGAAAUUGCUUGAACAAUAUACAAAGAUUUUAAUUCCUUCAAAAACCCUCGUGCAAUCAUUAAGGGAUGAAGUUAAAAGUGCUGAUUGCGUUCUAGAACAAGUCAAGUACAGGGCCGACUAUCAAAAGUAUCAAGAAGCCCAAAAAGCCAGAGAAGACGAGGUAUUGGAACGAGAACGAGUCGCCUAUGCCCAAAUCGACUGGCACGACUUUGUAGUUGUAGAAACCGUGGAUUACCAAGGAUUUGAACUUGGUAAUUUCCCACCUCCAACCACUCCAGAAGAAGUAGGCGCCAGAAUACUAAUUCAAGAACGUAUAGAAGAAGGCGACGACAUUGAAAUGCAACUGGAAAGUGACGAUGAUGAGCCUGCAAAUGAAGAUUCAGGCCUUAGUCGCAUGGAAGACAAAACGGGCCCUACUAGCCGUAAAGACAACAAUCAAGUGCAAGAUAUGGAUGAGGAAAGCUCCGAGGAAGACGACGAAAGAGAACACCCACAACCGAUACAACCACCCUUGCCUCCAGCUGUGGAUAAAGUGGUUGUCAAAAAAUAUGAUCCAAAACAAACACCAAAAGUUUCCAGACCAACUGUCGGAGACGAUUAUCUGGUGUCUCCAAUUACAGGAGAGAAAAUUCCUGCUAGUAAAGUGCAGGAACAUAUGCGAAUCGGUUUGUUGGAUCCUAGAUGGGUGGAGCAACGUGAUAAACACGCUACAGACAAGAUGGCUCAAGAUACAGUCUAUGCUCAAGGUACAGCCAUAGAAGCCAGCUUGAAAUUGUUGGCUGAACGUCGUACCGAUAUUUUCGGUGUGGGAGAUGAGGAAACUGCCAUUGGUAAAAAAAUUGGGGAAGAAGAAAAAAAAGACGAAAAGGUCACUUGGGAUGGGCAUACUUCUAGCGUUGAGGCAGCAACCAGGGCCGCAAGAGCUAAUAUUACUUUGGAAGAUCAAAUACAUCAAAUUCAUAAGGUGAAAGGUUUACUUCCAGACGAAGAGAAAGAAAAAAUUGGUCCUAAAAUCACACCACCCCAAACAUCAGUACUGACAGUGCCUACUUCACAACCAUUGGCUAUCUCUGUAGCAUCUCAGCUCAUGUCAGCACAACCACCUAUAAUGAUGAUGCCCGCACCGCCGAUGGGACCAAUGAGACCAACAAUUAUGUUGACCUCCCAUCCACCCAUGGGCUUUGUGACUCCGAUGCCUCCGCCCAUGCCAAUACCAGUAAAACAGCCAAAUGAUGGCCCCUUAGAGGAGGAGCCUUCCAGUAAGAAAUUGAGAAACGAAGAAUCCCUGGUGCCAGAAGAUGUAUUUUUAGCUAGAAAUCCGAGCUCUGUUGGUGUAACAGUGGCAAUUCCAUUGAUGCCAGAAAAAUCCGAAUGGAAACUCACCGGUCAAAUGCUGUCGUUCACCUUGCCUUUAAGUGAAAGUGUGGGAAAUUUGAAAGUCAAGAUUCAAGAGGAAGUCAACAUGCCUCCAACAAAGCAAAAAUUGUUCUUUGAUGGUAUGUUCUUCAAAGAUCAGAACUCCUUGGCUUAUUACAAUAUCGCUCCGGGUGCUGUAAUUCAAUUACAAUUCAAGGAAAGAGGUGGCAGAAAGAAAUAAUAUGUUCAAGUUCUUCAUUUAGGGUUUUUAUUAAUUACACCUGAUACUUGGCAGGCGUAAAUUGGGAACCAAAUUUAGGGGUUUACCUUACCUGGAAAAAAAUCCGAUAUGUGAUCUAGACACAAAGUUAGUUUAAAAAAUUCAACGAGUAUCAUGGAUGUGAAAAAAAUUAAGUAUCGGUUCUAGAACGGUUCAAAACAAUCACACAGUUUAUUAAUCAACAAAAUGACAAUUGCUUGGCUAUCAAAAAUUCCAAUAAUAAACCGUGCGAUUGUUUUGGACCGUUCUAGAACCAUCCUUUUUUCAAACCUAAACAAAGUUAAAAUAUUAGGAAUACCAAGCAAUAAGAAGAUCAGGUAGGUAUUGAAAAGUCAGUUAUUUUGAGUGAUUGAAAAUUGCCAAUAUUAUAUAUAGGUCUACAUUUACAUUUAUACUUCCUAACUCUAGCUUUAAUGCAGCUUUUAUUCAUAUUUGAAAGCAUUGAGAUUGUAUUCUCAUUAACUUAUGAUUUAGAAUUUAGUUAAGUACAUUGCCCAGUUUACAUCCGCCCAUUAUAAGAUUGGUGUAAUUCAGUUACAAUUCAAGAAGAAAGGUGGCAGAAAGAAAUAAUUUUCUUAAGUUCUUCAUUUAAGGUUUUUUAUUAAUUAUACCUAAUACUUGGCAGGCCAAGUGGGAACCAAGUUUAGGGGUUUACCUUACCUGGAAAAAAUCUGAUAUGUGAUCUUGACCCAAAGUUAGUUUUAAAAAUUCAAUGUCAUGGUUUAAAAAUAAAUUAGGUAUACCUAAUGGACAUUUAUUAUUGUGUUUUGUUUUACUAAAUAAGGUAUAAAGCUAUGAGGACUAGUACGCAUUACUAGGAAUAGCAAGCAAUAAAAACAUCAGGUAGUUAUUAAAAGGCCGGUUAUUUUGUGUGAUUGAGAAUUGCCACAUAGAUAUAUAGGCCUUCAUUUAUAUUUUUCCUAACAUUUAUAUUUUUCCUAACAUUUAUAUUUCCUAACUCUAGACGUAAUGCAGCUUUUAUUCAUAUUUGAAAGCUUUUAGAUUGUAUCCUCUGGUUUGCAAUAUACAGCUUUAAUUAAUAUUUGAAAGCAUUUAGAUUAUAUUCUCUUCAACUUAUGAUUUAGAAUUUAGAUUAAGUAGGUUACCCAGUUUACAUCUGCCCUGCCCAUUAUAUGAUUGGUGUAAUAAUAGAAAAGCAUAAUUAGGUAACAAAUCAGUAUUGUAAUAAUUUCUAUAAUAAACCAAAAUUCAAUAAAUAUUUU